UUGGUUUUGGUUUUGUGUUAGAUUCUUUAUCCAAGUUUGCAUCUAUUGGUGCACACCAAUUAAACUAAAGCAAGUGUUCCCCCACAAAAAGCAAAAUAAAUCUUGGAAUCUUUCUCUCCCACUUCUUGAUUUUCAGCUAUUCCUAUGUAUGUACGUAUACAUAAUCAUUCUAUUACAAUAUUCAUUAUCAUAUCCACUUCAAAAUUAACAGGAUCACCAGUUACUCUCUCCUUUUUCACAACAAUGGCUUCCAGUUCCAAGUCUGAGGCCCUUGCCCACCAUGAAGAAGGAGCAAAAAACCCGGAGAAGAAGCAGUUUACGUCGCAAACGUGGUACAAAGCUUCUCUGGUUGUAGCCAUAGUUGUGGUGAUGUGUGUAGCCAUGGGGACUAUUUGGGCAGUGGUCCAACCCAGACGUCCAAAGGUUGUUGUUGAAAACGGUUAUUUUACAAACGCCAGCCUUUCUUAUUAUAACACUACUCUCUCUGGCAAAUUAUAUUUUAACAUUUCAUUCUAUAAUCCCAACAAAAAGGCCACCAUUUACGUAGACAGUUUGAGUGCUGCUCCAAGUUUUGGUGAUAAUAUAUCGGGUCCUGCGCGUUUAAACUAUACCGUUAGUCUACCUCCUGACCGUCAUCUUCCCUUAAAUUUUACAUAUCCAAUUGCACUCUGGUCCAUGUACGGUUAUAUGCCAAAGUACCAAAAUCAGGGCCGUAUUGUACAAAGUAUUUCGCUCCAGGCAAAGAUAAGAUUUGGGCUUGCAAAAUGGAAGUCUCAUCCUCGCACUCUGAACAUUUACUGUUCGCCUUUAAAGGUGUUCACGACCGUCAGCGGUUUGAAAGACGAAACUGAUAUACAGAUACGGAGACCGAAAGGAAGAAGAUAUAGUAGAAAUAGAGCAGUCCAUUUACCGAAAAAUAACGGAGUAGUAAUUAGAAUUAAAGAUGUAGCACUUUGGUGUGAAAGUGAAUACCGGAGGACUUGAUAAACUUAUGGGAGAUGGAAGUGUUGAAAGGAUGACUCGACAUUUGUUGUGAAAAAGCUACAUUUAUUCAGUGAUUGAUCAACAAGACGGGAUUCGUCAUCAGCUUAAGAAGCAUAUUUCUUCUUUUGGUUUUGGACUUAGUUUGGAUAGAUCCAUAUAUUAAUUUUAUGUGUGCAGGUGAUGAAACUU